GUCAUACCUGAGUCCCAUGAACGCUCACCUGCUUUCCCUCCUCACCUCCCACAGAGCAACGAUGCCUCAGGGAACACUUGGAACUGGUUGUACUUCAUCCCCCUCAUCAUCAUUGGCUCCUUUUUUAUGCUGAACCUCGUGCUGGGUGUGCUGUCAGGGGAGUUUGCCAAAGAAAGGGAGCGGGUGGAGAACCGACGGGCUUUUCUGAAGCUCAGGCGGCAGCAACAGAUCGAACGAGAGCUCAAUGGGUACAUGGAGUGGAUCUCAAAAGCAGAAGAGGUGAUCCUCGCCGAGGAUGAAACCGAUGGGGAACAGAGGCAUCCCUUUGAUGCUCUGCGGAGAGCCACCAUAAAGAAGAGCAAGACAGACCUGCUCAACCCCGAAGAGGCUGAGGAUCAGCUGGCCGACAUCGCCUCUGUGGGGUCUCCCUUUGCCCGAGCCAGCAUUAAAAGUGCCAAGCUGGAGAACUCGACUUUUUUUCACAAAAAGGAGAGGAGGAUGCGUUUCUACAUCCGCCGCAUGGUCAAAACUCAGGCCUUCUACUGGACUGUGCUCAGUCUGGUAGCCCUCAACACGCUGUGUGUUGCUAUUGUUCACUACAACCAGCCCGAGUGGCUCUCCGACUUCCUCUACUAUGCAGAAUUCAUUUUCUUAGGACUCUUUAUGUCCGAAAUGUUUAUAAAAAUGUACGGGCUUGGGACACGGCCUUACUUCCACUCUUCCUUCAACUGCUUUGACUGUGGGGUUAUCAUUGGGAGCAUCUUCGAGGUCAUUUGGGCUGUCAUAAAACCCGGCACAUCCUUUGGAAUCAGCGUGUUACGAGCCCUCAGGUUAUUGCGUAUUUUCAAAGUCACAAAGUACUGGGCAUCUCUCAGGAACCUGGUCGUCUCUCUUCUCAACUCCAUGAAAUCUAUCAUUAGCCUGUUGUUCCUCCUUUUCCUGUUCAUCGUUGUCUUCGCCCUUUUGGGAAUGCAACUCUUUGGUGGCCAGUUUAAUUUUGAUGAAGGGACUCCUCCUACCAACUUCGACACUUUUCCAGCAGCAAUAAUGACGGUGUUUCAGAUCCUGACGGGCGAAGACUGGAAUGAGGUCAUGUAUGACGGCAUCAAGUCUCAGGGGGGCGUGCAGGGCGGCAUGGUGUUCUCCAUCUACUUCAUCGUGCUGACGCUCUUCGGGAACUACACCCUCCUGAACGUGUUUUUAGCCAUCGCGGUGGAUAAUUUGGCCAACGCCCAGGAGCUCACCAAGGAUGAGCAAGAAGAAGAAGAAGCAGCCAACCAGAAACUCGCUCUACAGAAAGCCAAGGAGGUGGCAGAAGUGAGUCCUCUGUCAGCGGCCAACAUGUCCAUCGCUGUGAAGGAGCAACAGAAGAACCAGAAGCCCACCAAGUCGGUGUGGGAGCAGCGGACGAGCGAGAUGCGGAAGCAGAACUUGCUGGCCAGCCGGGAGGCCCUGUACAACGAGAUGGACCCGGACGAGCGCUGGAAGGCCGCCUACGCCCGGCACCUGCGGCCGGACAUGAAGACCCACCUGGACCGGCCGCUGGUGGUCGAUCCCCAGGAGAACCGCAACAACAACACCAACAAGAGCCGGGCGGCCGAGCCCACGGUGGACCAGCGCCUCGGCCAGCAGCGGGCCGAGGACUUCCUCAGGAAACAGGCCCGCUACCACGACCGGGCCCGCGACCCCAGCGGCUCGGCGGGCCUGGACCCCCGCAGGCCCUGGGCGGGCAGCCCGGAGGCCGAGCUGAGCCGGGAGGGGCCUUACGGCCGCGAGUCGGACCACCCCUUCUAUGGGGCCUCGGUGGCUUAUGAAAACGCUCUGAGAGUAUUCAACAUCGUCUUCACCUCCCUCUUCUCUCUGGAAUGUGUGUUGAAAGUCAUGGCUUUUGGGAUUCUGAAUUAUUUCCGCGAUGCCUGGAACAUCUUCGACUUUGUGACUGUUCUGGGCAGCAUCACUGACAUCCUCGUGACUGAGUUUGGGAAUCCGAAUAACUUCAUCAACUUGAGCUUUCUCCGCCUCUUCCGAGCUGCCCGGCUCAUCAAACUCCUCCGUCAGGGUUACACCAUCCGAAUUCUUCUCUGGACCUUUGUGCAGUCCUUCAAGGCCCUGCCAUAUGUCUGUCUGCUGAUUGCCAUGCUUUUCUUUAUCUACGCCAUCAUCGGGAUGCAGGUGUUUGGCAACAUCGGCAUCGACGUGGAGGAUGAGGACAGUGAUGAGGAUGAGUUCCAAAUCACUGAGCACAAUAACUUUCGCACCUUCUUCCAGGCCCUCAUGCUUCUCUUCAGGUGA